AUGUUGCCUCUGCAGGAUCUGACGGCAGAUUCCCUGGAAAUGCUGCCGAACUCUGACAGUAAGAUUCACCCUCAGACGAUUGAGCAGGUGCAGCAGCAGAAACUGGGAACAAGGCGGUUUCAUCAGAGGAAGCCUCCUGAGACUGAUCCUUCCCUGACCAUGGGGGAAGCCGAGGUGGUUCAAACUCUGGCUUUCAGCACAUCCAGAACCUCUAAACACCUGCCUCUGUCCCCUUCUUUCCAGCGGUACAGCUUUGCCUCCUGGAUCAAGGAGAACGUUUGCAAGAGGGAGUGUUACUUCUAUGAGAAAGGUGUCAGAGACGAUACGUGUAAGUGUGGCUACUUAAAGACCAGUCAUGUGGACGAAGCCAUCAAACCUGAGGAUUUCACAGGCGAGGCGUGGAACAGACACAGACACAUCCGUGAAGUUCCCACUGAUGCCUUUGGAGAAAUCAGCUUCAGCGGUUUGGGACAGAAGACUGGGAAGUAUGCACGGGUGUCCACAGACACCAGCCCUGAAAUCCUCUACCAGUUAUUGACUGAACAGUGGAAGCUCUCACCUCCAAACCUGCUGAUCUCAGUGACAGGAGGAGCCAAGAACUUCUAUCUGAAGGCUCGGCUCAAGAACAUGUUUCACCGAGGUCUGAUCAAAGUGGCCCAGACAACAGGUGCAUGGAUCAUCACCGGUGGUACCAACACGGGUGUGAUGAAGCAUGUAGGACAGGCUGUGAGGGACUACGCCCUGAGCAGCAGCUCCAUUCAAGGACAGAUUGUGGCUAUCGGGGUGGCAACAUGGGGAAUAAUCCACAACAGAGAAGAUUUGGUGAAUUCAGAGGGUUGUUUCCCGGCUCAUUAUGUGAUGGACAUCAAGGGUCAGGGUCGACUGUCCUGUCUGGACAACAACCACACCCACUUCCUCCUGGUGGAUGAUGGGACACAUGGACACUACGGCGUGGAGAUUGAACUGCGUAGUUGUCUGGAGAAAUGCAUUUCAGAGAAGAGACUUGGAAACAAAGAGAGAGGUGUGACCAUCCCUGUGGUCUGUGUGGUUCUGGAUGGAGGACCAGGCACGCUCAAUACCAUCUACAAUGCCAUGCUCAAUGGGACGCCAUGUGUGAUUCUGGAGGGUUCUGGGAGGAUAGCUGAUGUGAUCGCACACGUGGCGGGAAUACCAGUGACCCGGGUCACUAUUUCCCUCAUCCAUCAGCUGAUGAAGAAGUUCUUUGGUCAAGAGUAUGAGAGGUUCCCUGACCUGAAGAUCAUUGAAUGGACCAAGAAGAUUCAGGACAUCAUCAGGAUGUCCCAUUUACUGACAGUAUUCAGAGUGAGCGAAGACAGUCAUGGAGACGUGGAUGUAGCUAUUCUUCAAGCACUACUUAAAGCUUCAAGGACCAAUGAGUCGCUGGUGUACGAGGGCUGGGAGAGGCAGCUGGAGCUCGCCAUCGCCUGGAACCGAGUGGACAUUGCAGAGACUGAGAUCUUCACUGAGGAAAGUCAGUGGAAGUCUAGUGACCUCCACAGUGCCAUGUUCUCAGCUCUGGUUGGCAACAAGCCUGAGUUUGUGAGUCUGCUUCUGGAGAACGGUGUGAGUCUGAGGGAUUUCCUGGACGAGGACACUCUGUGUGAACUCUACAAACAACUGCCCAGCUGCUUCUUUCUCCGUAAACUGGCCAAACGGGUCCACAACUCCCUCCGCAGCAGGAGGCAGGCGUUCGGCAUCAGGUCUCGGGCUUAUCCAGGGCAGGGUGAGAGCAUUUCAAUGGCUCAUGUGUCUGAAGAAGUGCGCCAUCUUCUGGGCAGCUUCACCCAGUCCAUCUACCCCUCCUGUUCCAUGACCUACCACUUACAUGUGUCUAUAGGAGAAACAUCAGAGUCACUGUCGAAAAGUAAUCUGGACUCUCAAGCUUCACUCAGGGAGGAGAGUCCAGAUGAACUCAGGAAUCCAGGUAGAGACCUUUUCCUUUGGGCUAUCGUCCAGAACAACAAGGAGCUGGCUGAAAUCGCCUGGGAGCAGUGUCGAGACUGCAUGUCUGCUGCCUUGGCUGCAAGUAAGAUCUUGAAAAAAAUGGCUGCAGAAGGAAAAGAUGCAGACGAAGGAGAGGAAAUGCAAGAACUCGCCAAUCACUAUGAGAAACACGCCAUGGGUGUGUUUAGUGAGUGUAACAGCUGUGAUGAGGAGCGUGCUCAGAAGCUGCUGGUCCGUGCAUCACCCUUUUGGGGCAAAACCACGUGUCUGAGGCUGGCACUGGAGGCUGAUGAUAAAAACUUUGUGGCUCAGUCAGGUGUUCAGGCUCUUCUGACUCAGAUCUGGUGUGGUGAGCUUGCAGUAGACAACCCUGUGUGGAGAGUACUGGUCUGCAUGCUCUUCUUUCCCCUCAUUUACACCGGUUUUCUGGUUUUCAGACGUGACGGACUGAUCCAGAGAGAAGCAGAGAAGAAGGAGGAGAUAAAGACAGUGGAGUCAGUCACAGGAAGUGUACUUCACACAAAAUCACUUAGACUUGACUCGCCCGGUCUGGACCAGCUGAAGCCUCUGGGCGCCUGGACCAGACUGGUGUGUCUGUACAGCUCUCCUCAGGUCAAGUUUUACUGGAAUAUCGUUUCCUACUUCGCCUUCCUGGCUCUGUUUGCCGUGGUUUUGAUGAUCGACUUCCAGGCCACUCCUUCUGUCGCUGAGAUUCUACUCUACAUCUGGUUGUUUACUCUGGUGUGUGAGGAGGUCAGACAGCUAUUUCAUGAUCGUGAUGGCUUCGGGUUCCGUAAGAAAGCCACAAUGUACAUCAACGACCUGUGGAAUAUUUUAGAUGUUUUGUCCAUUGUCCUCUUCAUUAUUGGCCUUGUUUUUCGGCUGACCACUGAGCUGUUCUAUGCAGGUAAAGUCCUCCUCUGCAUCGACUUUGUGGUCUUCUGCCUCCGUCUCAUGGCCAUUUUCACUAUCAGCAGAACCCUGGGACCCAAAAUCAUUAUAGUGAAGAGAAUGAUGAUGGAUAUGUUCUUCUUUAUGUUCCUGCUGAGUAUCUGGGUGGUGGCCUACGGUGUGGCCAAACAAGGCAUCCUCAUCCACAAUGACAAUCGGCUGGACUGGAUCAUCCGCGGGGCAGUUUAUGAGCCAUACCUCACCAUUUUUGGGAAUUUUCCAGAAAAUAUCGAUAAUGCUGCUUUUGACAUAGACUCCUGCAGCAUGAAUGGAACUGAUCCUCUGAAGCCCAAGUGUCCUGUCUUGAAUGAAAACCAAACACCUGCCUUUCCCGAGUGGCUCACUAUCAUCAUGCUUUGUGUUUACUUACUCUUUGCCAACAUACUGCUGCUCAAUCUGCUCAUAGCCAUCUUCAACUUCACCUUCCAGGAGGUCCAGGAUAACACAGACAGAAUAUGGAAGUUCCAGAGAUAUGAGCUCAUUAAGGAGUACCACAGCCGCCCUGCUGCUCCUCCACCUUUCAUCAUCCUCAGCCAUCUUUACCUCUUCAUUAGGAGCAUCGUGCUACGAAAGCCUGCAGAGCGAAGCAACGAGUUCAAAAAUGAGCUUCCUCAGACGGAGGAGGAGGAGCUGUUGUCCUGGGAGGCCUUAAUGAAGGACAGAUAUCUGCAGACGACGCAGCAGGAACAGAUCCAGAGCAUGGAGCGUCGCAUCCUGGACACGGCCCAAAAGGUCACGACCAUCAACGAUCGCUUGGAGAGGGAAGAGGAGUCGGAUUCGGCUGCUUUGGUGAAAAGACUUGCGCGACUCGAGGAGCAGGUCGUCCACUCAGCCAAAGCCCUGCAGUGGAUUAUGGACACACUGAAAUCACAGGGUCUUGGAGCAAAAGAAACACCACUGAUGACGAUAACUGACGAAUCCCCCGACAUUUUAACAAAUGCAUCGGAGAGAGACGACGGCUAUCACGUGAACGCCCGACAGUUCCACUACCCGGACAGCAAAAUCACACGCUUCCCUGUGCCUGAGGAGAAGGUGCCAUGGGAGGUUGGGUUCAGCUCGUAUAUGCCACCUUAUUACGCCUCUGAAGACAAUGAGGAACAAGUAGAUGGAUCGGAAUCUAAAGCUUUAGAUAAUUACAGAAACCCAGCAGGCAGGACGGGCAUCAGGGGACGAGGCGCUCUCAGCCGCCUGGGUCCAAAUCUGACUGUAGACCUUGUACUCACACGCUGGCGAGACAGUGAGCGAUCGGUCUUGGAAUUUCUGGCGUUAAGGGACGAGAGCCAGAAAACGUUGGCCUUACCUGGGGGAGCGGUGGACUCGACUGAUCGUCUACCUGUGACUCUUAGGAGAAUCAUGGGAAAGACACUGUAUGAAAAACUACAAGCAAAAUUAACAGAAGGAAUAAAGGUGUUUGAGGGUUAUGUAGAUGAUUGUAGGAACACAGAUAACGCCUGGGUGGAGACCACUGUCCUAAACAUUCACCUGGACAGAGCGAGUCAGAUUAUGACAGACAUCAACCACACGGUGGUAAGCGGCCACGGAUCGCUUCAGUCUCUUCAGUGGCAAGAGGUCAGCGGUAAAACUAGACUGAACUCGACCCAAAGAGACUCUUUACGGCAGGUUGCUGAGCUGCACAACAGGAAGUUCUGAUUUUUACGCCGCUGAAGCUGUGAAUGUGCCUCUCCUUCUGCAGGUUUUGUGGCCUUAUUUUGAGGCUCAUGUCAGAAUUUGUGUUGCACUAAAAGCACUUGAGCAGAAAAAGACUGAAGAGAAGAUGCUAAAUCAUAGAUGUACGCUGCUGCAAAUGAUGCUUAAGCACUUUUCACAAAUAUAUGAGGUUAAAGUGAUAUUCAUCCUCAACACUGUGAUGUUUAACUAACACUUGAACUUUACAGGAUCUACUUCUCCUGUACGUGACAAUAUAGAAACUUAACAUAAUGAUAUUGUCUGCACUUAUCAUUAUCUAGCAAGAUUUCUGCAGUCAUAAAAACAUCCAAAACAUAAGAGUUGUUAAAGGGGUCAUAUUUU